AUGGCCCAGGGCAUGCACUCUGGAUCAUCGACGCCUCCUAUAGCCUCUCGCCGCUCACCGCCCAGUAGGAGCGACUCGGAUCCGUCGAUUGCGCAGGCCCAGUCCUCUGUGGGUCGUGCCCCGGGUCACCGUUCUCGUAACGGCUGCUACACCUGCCGCCGGCGCAAAGUCAAGUGCGACGAGCGUACACCCGUGUGCAUCAAGUGCGAGUACAGCGACAGAAAGGCAGGUAUCGAUUGCGAAUGGCCGCCAGAUGACCCCCUCAUCCGACGCAAGAACCGGCCGCGCAAGAUGAAGCUCGGCCUUGCCGACGCCGAGGAGGAAGGCAUCAUUGGCGCGCAUGCAGCUGCUGUUGCAACCGCAGGUGCUUCUGUACGUCCCACGUUGGACGAGCGAGCAAGGCGAAAGAUGCGCGUGCCCUUGGACGCCCUCAAGGCUUUUGCCGCUACGUUGCCCCCGCUCAAGUCGAUCAAGGGCUAUGACAAGACUCUGGCCGAGAGCCUCAUGCCCAGCAAGCUACGGGCGAACAUGAUGAUGGACUCUGCUUUCCUCGCCCCUUACUUUCCUGGAGUCGACGAGCGACUCAUUUUCCGGCACUACAUUUCGCGCACCGUUCACCUGAGCAUUGCCUUUGACGAUUCCACGAGUACCUGGAACCCAUGGCUAAACCUCAUUGCCCCUCUAGCUUUCACACAUCUACCAGGAUCAUCCGCGGCCGCAGAUGCCCUGCGAACUGCGCUCCUCACUAUUGGCUCUGUACACCUGCACUACAUUGCCGACCCCAACGACCAUGCCGGUGCUGGCCGUAUCAUGAGCUUGGCUCGGCCAAAGGUUCUCCGCCUUGUGCGCGAUGCCCUGGAGGGACCGAAUGGAGAGGCAAAGGAAGUGGACAAGCUCGAGGUGGAGCUCAUCCUCGCUGCGCUCCUCGGGUGCAUCAUUGCUAGCUCACUCGCCUCUGACGACGGCUGGCACCCGCUCCUAUCGGCAGUCAUCUCGUUUGUGACACAGAUGGGUGGGACGCAGUCGCUCCUCCAAGACGCACCGCGAGACCACCUCUCGACCAGCCGUUUCGUAUUGGAGCAGCUCGCCAUUAGGGAUGUCUUUGGCUGUAUGACCACCGAGCUGGCCCCCACCAUCCUACGCGACGCCUUUACCCCCUGGUUCUUUGAGGCCGAGAGCUGGUCGAGGACCGACCAAGAGUGGGAGAGUGUGGAGCGCAUGUUUGGUAUAUCGCGUGGAAUGGUCGACCUUAUUGCGAGGGCUGGGCGGAGGAUGACAGAGGGCGAUGACUCGCAUCUGGAAACCCAGAGUGAUAUGCGUACCUCCAACACCGACAUGGAAAUAAACCCUGCUGCCCGCGCCGAGCUGGAAGAAGAGGCAGAGGGCCUCAUGGCCGAGCUCAAAGUCUGGGACGAGGCGUGCAACUUUACACCGUACCACCCACGCACACAGUAUGGCAACAUUGCGCACCGCCACGCCAUGACAAUUCGGCUCCUCCGAGAUGUGUUCAACGUCCCACCCACGGACAGGAGGGUGUACCGCGCCGCGCAGGCAAUCCUGGAGCUAGCCGUGGAGAUGGUGGCUAACGUGGCCGGUCGUUAUCGCUGCAUACCAGCUGCCCAAGGGCGACGAGGCCAGGGAAGUUGUUCUCGACUUGCUGGAGAACCCUGGGCCGCCCAACGAGUUGUUGUGGCGUACUGGGAGUUCCACGACGACGACAAGCACCCACCUGGUGCAUGGGAGAUAGCCAACGCCGGUCAGCGGCCGUUCUUCGAUUAG